GGGGGUUCAGGGGGUGGGAAUGGGAUGACACUACUUUGACAACAAGUUGAAUUUUCCUGACAGCUUCAUUUCUGGUUUCUAGGUAAUUAGGGUAGCCAAGCUGAGUUUCUAUUUUCCGUUAAGUUUCGUUUUCCCUUUAAAGACUCCAGCCGACGUCUGUGAUUCGGCUCAGUCUCUCAUCUGAUCUUCACAGGCUAGCUCACAUCCCACAGCAGUGGCAAACAACCUGGCCCAGCCUUGAAAAUACUCAGACAUGGACCACUCUUCAAACUCAACCACCUCAAACCUACCACUGUAUCUUGGGAUUGUCUUAUGUGUGUGUUCCUCUCUCCAUGGUUCCAUUAUCUCCACCUCAUGUGAUGUAGGGCAGUCUGCAGUGCUGCCCUGCCUGAUCUCGUCCCUCUACCAGUCUCCACCCUCUCCUUACAUACAGUGGCUGAGCACGUCGGAGACCGUAUUCGAGGGCAUGGGCACGGAGAAGUAUCAGGGCCAAGGGUACGAGGGACGAGCCAAUGUGCCUCAGCAAAUGCUGGAACAAGGCAACUGCUCUUUGUUUCUGGAAGACGUCCGGCUGACGGACUCUGGGGUGUACGAGAGCUACCUGGUGGUUGGGAAGAGGAAAGUGAAAAGGAAGGUGUUGAUGCAGAGUGUUCAGUUCAUUGUCAGGGACCACAAGCUGAAGGAGAUGGUGGAGGUGGGGAAGGACCUGUUGCUGGAGCUACACACUCCUCAGGCCAGGCAGGUGGUGUUUCAGCGCCAGGUGUCUAUCCCGUGGGAGGUCCUUUGGAAGAAAGGGGAUGGACCACAGCCGACCAUGCUUCCCCGGGCCAGGGAAAACGGCUUGAGGAUUGUCAUUGGAAACAUCAGCUGGAACGAUGAGGGCACCUACCGUGUGCUGGAUGAGAAUGGAUUGGCUCUGAGCACGGUGUUGGUCACAGUGACAGAACCUAGCCCUGGAAAACCAGAAUCGAAUCUGCAGAAAAGAGAAUUCUUUGAGGAUCACUCAGCAGGCAGCAGAUUCUAUCCAGCUCUCCCGCUCCUCCUGGUUUGUGGACUCAUGCUUUAUUUCAUUUGAUUAGAGAUGAGUCAGUGCAGUGCUGAUUUCUGUUCCAGCAGUGCACUGCUCUUCCUGUCUUUACUGCACAUUUGCACAUCGUGUUCACCGUCUCUGCUGCAGCAUCACCACAGCACCACCGGGUGUGCUGAUGCACAAACGUGCCGUGAUCAUAUCAUUCAUUAAUGGACAACACCAGCUGCCAAACACACGUAUUCAAGCUCUGCAAAAGCAUUUCGAAUGAAAGCAAGGGUGACCGUUUGUUUCUUUCUCUGAGAAUCCCUUUUGUUGACAUAAUUGACUUCUGUACAUCAUAUAGCAUCAGGUGUGAAUACUGUGAGUCUUUUUCGUGAGUGUUGAAUAGUGAAUAGUGUAAAUAUGUAGACAAUAUGUACAGUGUGAAAUGGACAGAAUGAAAGACACCGUGGAAACGGUUAGGUCAGAAGGGUGUGAAAGUGAUAUGAAGGUCAUCUCACCAUAGACAUACAGUAGUAGUUCCAUUACAUAAGUGACAAAUGUUUGGAUUGUCUGCAGUGGUGUUUAAGUCAGUAUACCUGUUUGAAAAAUAACUGUUGUUGUGUUCGUUGUAAGGACAGUGUAUGAAUGACAUUUGCGAUUCACCUGGUCUAUCUGAGCUUUUUUUGUUGUGGCAACUUUUUGCAAACCAGGACUGUGUUUAUGUGCAAUAAUUAUUAUCUCAUGAUAUUUAUUGCAGCAAGUAUUUGCUCAGAAUUGAACAGGUACCCACUGAUAAAAAAAAAAAAGUACUUAAAAAAUCAGUUC